AUGGCGGACGACGACUUUAGUAAAUUGCUACAACAAGCCGAACAAUUAACUACUGAAAUCGAAGGAAAUGAGGAAUUACCCAGAGUAGAACGAUCUUUGGGUCAGGUUAGAGUAGUGCGAUAUAAUAUGCAGAACAACCCCCAGGAGCUUUCAUGGCAGGCGAUCCAAGCUAUCGUGGGGGUUAAACUACCACCGAAUGUGUUACGAUUCGACGAUAUUGGAUUCCAUUUAGUCAAUAAUUCAGUUUCUAGCGCUGAAGAUUCCGACUCUGAUGUAGAAAUUGUUGAAAAUGAUUGGGAGUCCGACUACAACAUAUCCUCGAAGCCUGAAACCUCGGACAAUGAAAAACCAUCACCGGACAGAGAACAAAGCGAGUCACCUAUUCUGCAUCUCGUAGAGCCAGAUAAUAACAAUUCAGAUAAAAAUAUGUUAGAUUACAGAGACUAUUUAGUGAAAAUGGAUACCAAAGAUAUUUCAGAUAGAGACCAAAUGACUCAACCACAAAUCGACGAUGCUGAUAGUUCCAAUGGGAAUGUUAUGUCGAUUGAAAAUUACCUAGAGGUCACACUGUCUACUGAUUCAGAGGCUAGUCAUACUUGUAGCCAAUGUAAUCAGAUGUUCCCCAGUGAACAUUUACUUUCCUCACAUGAAUGCAGUGUCAAACCUACUGAAGAGAAGAAAUAUCCAUGUCAUGUGUGCUCUGAAAAGUUUCCUAGUUAUUGGGAGCUUAGAAAACAUAUAAAUAAUCAUUUUCCAGGAAUGUUAGACUCAAAGUCCAGUUUCUGUCAUCUUUGCCAGAAAGAUUACACUAAAACAGGCUUCAUGAAUCAUCUACGUAAGCACACAGGCGAAAGGCCUUUUGUUUGUGAACUAUGCCAUAAAGCAUUCUCUCAAUCAAGCUCCCUCUCUAUACAUAUGAAGUUCCAUUUGAAUGUACGAAAACAUGCUUGCACUGUCUGCUCUACUGCGAAUCUUAAACGGGACACCUCCAGAGAUCGCACAGACCUCGACGUCAUUAGAGAAAACCACAAAUUUCUCUGGGAAGAUGACGAUGUCGCCGACACAUGGGAGAAACAACUAGCUAAAAAGUAUUAUGAUAAGCUCUUCAAAGAGUAUUGUAUCUGCGAUUUGAGUAGAUAUAAAGAAAAUAAAGUUGCCCUGCGUUGGCGCGUAGAAAGAGAAGUCGUGUUAGGCAAGGGCCAGUUUCAAUGCGGUGCGAAGCAGUGUAACAGCUCUCAAGGUCUGAAGUCCUGGGAAGUUAAUUUCGCUUACGUCGAAGAUAAUGAGAAGAAAAACGCCCUUGUAAAACUUCGUUUGUGCCCAGAUUGUUCAGAAAAACUAAACUAUAAAUCGAAAAAGCGGGAAGUGAAGAGAUUGAAAAAGAGCCAGAAAAAAAAGAAGAGAAAAGAUAAAACCAGCAGCGAGGUUGUCACGAGCGACGACGAAUGUCAACCUGAUUUAGAAAAUCAGCAGGAGCCUAGCACUUCGCAGAAAGCUUUAGAGUCCGAAGUAGACAAAGCAGAGUCGCUAUGGAAGAAAGGGGUCCAAGAAGUUGAAGAGAAAACGCGCGAAGAAGAAUUUGAAGAAUAUUUAGAAGAAUUACUAUUGUAG